AUGACCGUCGCUCAAGUUCCCUCACAGACAGGGAUAGUUGAAGGAGCAGGAGGAGAGCCUAUCCUCUCUCACGAUGUUGCUAUUCCGACGCUCAGCCCAAACGAGAUCUUGAUUGAAACGAAGGCCGUUGCAAUUAAUCCAUCAGACUAUAAGAUGUCACAAAAGUUUCCCUCAGUCGGGGCUAUCAUUGGCUCAGACUUCGCCGGAACAGUUGUAGAGACCGGUUCGGGGGUAGCACAGCUCUCGCGCCCGCUAGCAAUUGGUGACCGCGUCUGCGGUGCCGUCCAUGGCUGCAAUCUAUCCGACCCUCAUAGCGGUGCCUUUGCUCAGUAUGUCAAAGCUGACGCCAGCCUUGUUAUGAAAGUCCCUGCCGCGAUGCCUUGGGAAGAUGCGGCAACGUUGGGUGUUGCUCUGGGUACCGCUUGCAUCUCAUUCUGGAAAGCGCUUGGAUUGACCGCAUCACCAAAUGAGCCUGCCACAACCCCUUUCCCUGUCUUGGUGUACGGAGGUUCAACUGCAAUGGGUACUAUGGCGGUGCAGGUCUUGAAGUUGAGCGGCCUCACUCCAAUUGCGACCAGCUCACCCAAAAACUUCGACCUGGUGAAGUCCUUUGGGGCGAAGCAAGUAUUCGACUAUGCCUCACCAACCUGCGCAGCCGAUAUCAAGUCAUUUACAAAUAAUUCAUUGAAGUAUGUACUCGACUGUAUUACAGAUGCUGAGUCGACAAAAAUCUGCCACGCUGCGAUUGGUCGGGCAGGAGGGAGGUAUGCUUGUCUGGAGCUUCCACAGCAAGAGCUUCUCACGCGCAAGGCAGUGAAUACAGAAUUUGUUAUGGCUCAUGAACUUCACGGGAAGGAAAUUGCCCUGGGUCCUGAAUAUGGGAGGCCUGCUUCUCAGGCUGCUAAGGAUCUUGGAAUUCAAUUCUUUCGGGUUGCUGAGAAGCUACUGGAAGAAAACAAGAUUAAAGUCCACCCUGUGCAGGUUCUUCCCAAUGGAUGGACGGGGGUUCUGGAUGGGUUUGCUCUCAUAAAGAGUGGACAAGUGAAUGCUCGGAAGUUAGUAGCGCCGCUCCAUGAGUAG